GGGCGUAUAUAAAUAACCGAGUGUUUACAACUGAAAGACAUAAACAGACGAGUUCAGAUGUAGUUAAAAAAUCUUUCACCGAUAUUACUUUCAAUUAUAAAAGUAAUCGGUUGGUACUCUAAAACUGUAUUCACCAAGGAUAUCAUAAUCCCAAAUAUGUAAAGAAAGCAGAAUGACGACUGAUUUAUCGGUAUCGUUUUAUCACUAUCUGUGUCAAAAACUUGGCACAAAGGACUUGGUAAAAAUAAGAAGAUUGUGCCAUGCCAUAUGCGAUUAUGUUUCACCAAUGAAUUUCCGUUUGUUCAUGACCUUGUUUGGGAGAACAAUCACCAGAGUAUCAAGUGGUAGCAAAGCAGAAGGUUUGAACAUGAAGAAAAGUGAUCUAGAUAUAAUGUAUGUCAUAGAAAUGGUAAACGUUGUUGAAGAUCCUUUGGACCGAUUUGGAUUUUUUUCGUUUCUGAUAUCAACAGAAUUCACAAAACCUGGGUUUGUUAGACUAAAACUGCACUAUUCAGCAAUACAAGUGGAAAAUAAUUGGUGUAAGGAGAGGGAUGGUUAUGUCUUUCUGUCAAGUGAGCAAGUAAAGAAGAUACCAUUUUCCCAAAUGGAAAAUCAUACUGAUGUCAUCCUCCAUGGUCCAUGUAUAACAACUGCUAAUGAAAGCCAUGAUAUGGCUUUUUGUCUCAGAUCUAAAUCCUGGAUAUCGCAAGCACAAAAUUGGGUUUUAAGAAAUCGGUUAUGGCCUUCAUGUGAAUUGGUUUCACUCAUUGUUAGCUACGGUGUACUUUUUGUUCCUAUAGGGAGCAAAGAUUCACUAAAUGAAGAUUUGGAAUGGAGAAUAUCAUUUUCUGUGGCGGAAAAACAUUUAAUUUAUUCAUUCACUCAUAUUCAAUUGCUCUCUUAUGCGUUGUUAAAAAUUCUUCUAAAAGAAGUUAUUGAGAACAAUAUAUUUCUCAAAGGACUGCUUUGUUCGUAUUUUAUAAAAACAUUUGUUUUCUGGGUUUUUGAAGAAGAGGAUUUAUCAUCUAAACCAAAUGAUUUGCUAUCUUAUUUUAAUUUACUUAUAGGCAGGCUUCGUUAUUUUGUUAAAAUCAACUUCUUACCGCAUUAUUUUAUUCCCGAAAACAAUUUGUUUGAAAACAGAUUUAACUCAGAACAACAGAAAACUCUAGUAGAUACGUUGACGGACAUUUACCAAAAAGGAAUUUAUUGUUUUUUUGAUUCAGAGACUGUUUCAGAUUUUUUUAGAGCAGACCUUAAUUCAUGGAAAAUUGUUACCGGUUUUGAUUAUGAAUUAGUAAAGAAUCCGCUGAGUAUUUUAAAAGACAGUAUGUUUUAUGAUGUGUCUCCAAACACACUUAUCGUUUUAUUUAGUAGACACAAAUUAGUAUCACAUAGAUACCUGUAUACAUUAUAUUGGUGUGCAAUAUGUCAGCAUAUUGGACAUGUGCAAAUUGGCAUACCGGAGCGAUCUAACAAAGACCAGUAUAAAAGAUACAACACAUAUUUACCGUAUCUUGUCAUGGGGUUGCAAAAAGAUGCAAUCACAGGAUGGCUCUGUUUGGCAUCUUACUUUUUCUCUAUGAAUAGCUUCAAUACUUGUUUGAACGUAAUUGACUAUAUUUUACAUAAACAUUGCUAUGGGGAUACCUCAGACCUCGAAUCCCAUAUUGGCGAAAUCAACAGUUUGGAGCUUGAAGCCGUUAAGUAUGGUGUUAUGAACGCACACAGCAUUUCCAGGCGGCAUUUUGUAGACGUGUCUGGAUUUAGCAUAAAUAUUCGUGACAGGCCAUUAAAACUGCAGCUAGACAUUUUAGACAAUUUCUGCUUUGUUUCUUCACCACUAGUCUACACAUAUUUUCUACGUUUUAUGUGUUUUUUUCAUCUUGGUGAUUACAGUGGUGUUCGAUGCGCAUUACGUGAUCUGCAGAGAAGGCCUUCUAGUCGCCUAUCCGCUAAUGAAUACUGCUUAGGACUGGCUUAUUAUACUUUAAAAGAAUAUCAUAAUGCACUAUCUAUUCUUGUUCCAUAUUCGGAGUUUGUAAAAUCUAAUUAUAAUGUUAAGAAUCCAGUUCUCAUUGAUCAUAUAUACAAGUUGGGCUUGGUAAUUAGGAAGUUAAAACGGGAAUUAUCAUAGAACUUAUUUUGAAAUGUCGGUCUCAACAGGUGAUUUCAUCCCUGUGAACGAACAUUGUCCAACUACAUUCGGAUGUCAUUAUCUAACACGGGAACACCUAUAAGUUAUUCCUGAAUGAUGAUUUCAGCUAUAUGCUGUUAUAAAAUGAAACCAUAAUGUAUCAGAAUUAUAUAACACCGAACUUUAAAUUAUAAAAAAAAGACUAGCACAUAUUUUAUAAACUGGACGAUUUUUGAAUGCAUUUUGUGUUUCUUUCAACUUAAAAGAAGUCAAAGCAUUUUACAUGUCUUGCAUAUUGUAUCGGUAGUCAAGUGUGAUAAAAAAUACAGUAGUACAACGGAUGACUUAAAGGAUUAAUUUACAAAAGUUUGACAGAACAUACAAAUGAAACUUUUACGAGCUUUUUGAAAAUAUCCAUCAUAUAAAGGUUUAACUGUAUAGUUUUUACCUCAAUACUUGUUGUUGCAUUCCUGCAACUAUUUCCCCUGACUCAACAUUUUCAGUGUUAUUGAAAAAGAAUUAAUGCAUGUUAUGUUUCCGUUUUUACAAAUAAGAAUAUCAUUUUGUAUGAGUUUUUGAGUCUUUAAUUUUGACUUCAGUACAGUUGUUUUUAGUAGUUUUUUAAGUGUUAUUUUCUUGAUUUCUUUCGUAAGGAUUAUUGCUCUUCCAUAUUGGAAUACAACCAUAUUAAUUUGGAAAAAAUUUAGGCAUUCCUGUUUAAUUUUCCCACCAACUUCCAACAAAGAGUAGAAAUUUCAGGCUGACGAGACGGCAAAACAAAAUGACACAACAACCAAAAUGAUGUUUAAUUGUAGAUUUCGAAAACGGGAGGCUCCUGCUUUUUGUUUAUGUAUUUCGUAAAAUGGUGUAAGCUAGUGCACGUUUUUAUUAAAUGAACUCACAAAUAUUUUAUUUUUUUUAGAGGAGCACAUAAUAGAUUUUAUGAUAUUUACCUACUUCUGUAAGUGUAAAGAUCAAUAAAAGCUAUCAGAAAAUGAUUUCCAAUGUUACCACGUGCACGUGCACUAAAAUUUGUAUUAUCAUUAAUUAUUUAAUAGAUACUUAUUAUCCCUGUAAUUGUGUAAUUAGUUUAUUAGAAUACGAUUUGUUUAUUCGUUCUAAA